UAGAGAAUAGGUGUGAACAACACGAGUGGCUUUAUUUUUAUUUUAUUAGAAAAAUAUGGAUGCCUUUCCCACGCGAUCAUCGCAAAGAUGUGAGAGUGUCAAGGUGCUCCACGUUCAACGUUCCGCAAUCAGAAAACGUAUUCUUGAAAAACAAAAACAGCGGCAGCAAGCGACACGCCAUACCUACUUAAACGCUGCUCGGAGCAGUGGUGAGAAUACAAAUAGUGAGUUUGGUCUCGUGUCGUCGAACCAAUGCGAGAACGAGGAGGAUAAGUGUAGGCUGUCCUCAGGAGUUCCACUGAAUGGGGACGACUGGACCACUUUUGGUGAGGAAUUUGGCCUCGAUGUGAGGGAUCCGGUCGUCAUCGAGUAUCUUCUGGCGUUGGAAGAGGAAAUUCGUCAGGAGCAGCUUUUUGAAAUGUAUGAAUCAUCGCAUUCGCAGAACCAGAACGAGUGGGAGGAGUAUUACAAAUCCCUAACAUCAUAGGGAAUGGACUGUUUGCUGGAUUUUAAAUUCUUUUCCCUAUAUCUAUAUCGAUGUCUAUCUAUAUAAAUAUAGAUAUAUUGCAAUAUCCAACUUCUAUGUUGUAAA